UUUUGAACAUUGGUGGCCCUGACUGUUAGAAACUUUUAAAAUCCUAACCUAUUUUAUGUUCUAUGUUUAAUUAUUUUAUUUCUUUAGUUCUUAAUUUGUGAUGUGUUAAAAUGUAUACUCCUGAAAAGACAAAAAGUAACAAUUUAAAUUUAGAGAACAUAGAAAAUGAACCAAUACUUAAUAAGAAUAGGACAAAACGAACUAUUAGAAACAAGAGAUUUGCAGCAUUAUCGUUAAAAAGUGUAAGUUCCUCUAGUAGUGGCUUGAGCUUGCUUGAAAAUGAAGACCCAAAUGAAAAACCAAUUAAACGGCCUAAUCCUUAUGAUAUUAAGAAUAAAAAUGAGAAAAAACCUAGGAUUACAAAUAACCUCAAUAAAGAUUCUGAAUCAUUAACUCAAGGCUUCUUUAAUAGUUCCCAAGAUUUAUUUGAAUGUCCAGAUUUAACACAACAAUUAAUAGUUAAUUCCAAAAGACAGGAUCACAAACAAUUACCUAUAGAUAUUUCAGGAGUAGGUGUUUUACAGGAUACAUUGGAUUUUAUUAAUAUUAAUACUCAAUUAAUAGAAGCAGAGAAUUGUUCAAAGAAUAAUUUAAAUAAUAAUAAAAGUGAUACUAUUAUUAAACCCAAUAUAUGCAAUAAAAAAUCGUUUGAUGCCUUUAGAGAAUGUUUAAAAGAUACAAAAGAUAUUAUGCCAGUCGCUGAAUCUAAAAAUAUAAAUGAAAUAAACAGUUUAAAUGAUUUUUCACAAUUAUUUAGGGAUACUCAGGUUUUAAAAAGUAUUGAUUUAGCAGAUAAACCUGAAGAAAAUGAGCUAUUUAAAAUUCCAAAUUGCAUACCUAUGGAAACAGCUGAAUCUAAAACAUUAAAUGAUACAAAUCCUUUGUCAGAGUUUUCUCAAUUAUUUAAAGACAGCCAAGUCACUACUAAAAUUAAUUUGAAGGUCGAAAAGGCAGAAAAAAACGAUUUAAAGGAUAAUAUUACAAAAUUAUUGACCAUUCAUACAAAUCCUUUGUCAGAGUUUUCUCAAUUAUUUAAAGACAGCCAAGUCACUAAUAAAAUUAAAUUGAAGGUCGACAAGGGAGAAAAAAACGAUUUAAAGGAUAAAAUUACAAAAUUAUUACCCAUUGAAUCUAAAAAUAUAAAGGAUACAAAUAACUUUGCUGAGUUUUCACAACUUUUCAAAGACAGUCAAAUCUUUCAUAAAAUUGAUUCAGAUAUAGAAAAAGCAGCUUCAAGGAAUAAAAAUUUAAUAUUACUACCCACUGAAAUGGUUGAAUCUGAAAACAUUUAUGAUACAAAUAAUUUGUCAGAGUUUUCUGAAAUUUUUAAAGAUACACAAGUUUUAAAUAAAAUCGAAUCAGAAGUUACUAAUGCAGAAAAAUCAUCUAAAAAACAAUUCAAAAUACCAAAAUUGCUAUCCACAUAUGAAAAAAUUAAAUCAAUGAAAAAAGAUUUACACAAACAAAAAGAUAACAUGGAUAAAACUGCUUUAUUUAAUGAUAAAACUAUUACCGAUGAAUAUAGAACUGAAGUAGAUUCUUUAUUUGAUAAAAUUGAGGAGUCAAUAUGUGAGAUGGGCACUACAAAAAACAGUUUAAUAACUGAUGAGGUAUUUGAUGUGAUAUUUAAUGAUGAGCCCAAACAAGACAAGAAAGGAGAUAAUCAGACAAUACAAAAUAUUAAUUGGUCAGAUGAGAGCUUUGAUAGUUUAAAUGCUAGUAUUGGAACAAACCUUAAGAAUGCCUUACUUGGAAAUGCUUUGAAGGGUGUGCAAUCCCAGCUAGAAUUAAGUUGUUUAAAUUUGUCCAUUAUGGAAGAAAAACCCAUGUUUUACAAUAUGGGACCUUUUUUUGGAUUACCACUUAGAGUGAUGGAGUUGAUAAAACAGUAUAAAGGGAUUGAAGAUUUAUAUGAUUGGCAAAAGGAAUGUCUUCUUUUACCUUCAAUUCAAGACAGAAAAAACUUAAUUUAUGCUUUACCGACAAGUGGUGGCAAAACCCUUGUGGCUGAAAUAUUAAUUUUAAAAGAAUUAUUGUGCUACAAGAAAAAUGUUUUGUUUAUUCUUCCUUAUGUAGCGAUUGUUCAGGAAAAGGUUUGGUCUUUAUCACCUUUUGCAGUAGCUUUGGACUUUUUAGUAGAAGAAUAUGCUUCAAGUAAGGGUACAUACCCCCCUAGAAAAAGAAGACGGAAAAAAUCGGUAUUUAUUGCGACAAUCGAAAAAGCUUUAGGACUUGUGAACAGUUUGAUAGAAACCGGCAGACUGAAUGAAUUAGGAUUGGUGGUGAUUGAUGAACUACAUCUUCUUGGAGAAGAGGGAAGAGGGGCUACAUUGGAAGCUGUUCUAACAAAAUUAAUGUUCUUAAAGGCUAAUGUUCAUUUAAUUGGUAUGAGCGCUACUAUAGGCAAUCUAUCGGAAAUCUGUAAAUUUUUAAACGCAGAUAAAUAUACGAAAAAUUUUAGACCUGUGGAAUUAACGGAAUUCGUAAAAUGUGGAAAUGAAAUUGCGAAAGUUAAUUGGAAUUACACAGAUAAAAACGAUUUGUUAAUUGAACCCAAAAGAGUUAAUUUUAAGUAUUCAGAGUCUUUGGCAAAACUGGACCCAGACAUGAUCGGAGGUUUGGUCAGUGAUAUUGUGCCAAAAAGUUCAUGCCUUAUUUUUUGUCCGUCCAAAAAGAAUUGCGAAAACGUUGCGUAUUUGCUGUGCAAAACUGCCAAUCCAAUAAUUAAAGAGCACAGAAAAGUGGAAAAGGGACAAAUCCUUCAUGCCCUAAAAGAUGAAAGUGGAGAAUUGUGUGGAAUAUUAAACAUAUCUAUUAAUUUUGGGAUUGCUUAUCAUCAUUCUGGUUUAACAAGCGAUGAAAGGCGAAUUAUUGAAGAAGGUUUUAGAGCUGGAGUUAUUUGUAUUAUCUGUUGUACAUCCACGUUAGCAGCUGGAGUUAAUUUACCAGCUAGGAGGGUAAUUCUUAGAUCCCCCUACUUGGGUAGAGAAUUCCUAAACUUAUCAAGAUACAAACAGAUGGUCGGUAGAGCUGGCCGAGCAGGUCUCGGUGAAGCUGGCGAUAGUAUUUUAAUUACAAACCCGGAAGAUCUAGAACGAGUUAAACAAUUGCUAUUGAGUCCAAUGAACGAGGCCCGUUCGGGAAUGCACUUAAACGAUUCAAAAGGAUACAGACAUUUGGUUUUAAGUUGCAUAAGUUUACGUCUAGCUAAUACUAGAUCAAGCUUACUGGAAUUUGCCAAUCACACUUUAAUGGCGGUGCAAUGUGAUAAGUUACAAGUUUGUUUAAAGAGUUUGACUGAUGGAGUGAUAAGAAGUUUAUUUAAGUUGGGGGCCAUUCAGGAGCAGAGUGAUAAAAAGGAAACAGAGAGUCCUAAUUUGGAUCUUACAAUCAAAAUUGUUUCUUCCAUGCCAACACAAGCUGGAGUUAGUAUGGAGGAACCCAGCACAAGUAAAGCAAAGAAAACUGUUGUUCUUAAAAAUACAACAAAAUUUAUUGUUAGUAAAAUGGGCUCUGCUGCAAUAAAAGGAGGUCUGGAACUUUCAAAAGCUCAUAUACUCUAUGAAGAUUUGUAUCAAGCACAAAAUAGUUUGGUUUUGUUAGAUUGUUUACAUUUAUUAUAUUUAGUUACUCCUUACGAUACUUCAGAACAAAUUAAACCCAACAUGCAGGUUUAUUAUCAUAUUCUUACACAUUUGGAUAAAAAACAACUACAAACAGCCAAAGUUUUGGGUUUGAAUGAAUCAGUUUCAGUUAAGAUGAUCUCAGGACAACCUAUUAAGAAUGUUUCUGAACGUGUAAUAAACCGUUUUUAUGUAACAUUAAUGCUUUAUGACCUAUGGAAUGAAACACCUGUAUUUGAAGUUUCAGAAAAAUAUCAAAUCAACAGAGGCAUAGUGCAAAACCUGAUGGUCUCUGCAGCUACAUUUUCAUCUAACGUCGUUCAAUUUUGCGAAGAACUGGAAGAAUUUUGGUCGUUUUCUCAUUUGCUUAAAGGUAUGAGUACAAGACUGUCGCAUUGCUGCGUUAAAGAAUUAAUUCCCCUUAUGGAACUCCCAGCUGUUAAACAGGGUAGAGCCAAGCAGCUUUACAACGCAGGAUACAAAAAUUUACAAUCAGUUGCCAAAGCUAAUGUAAAUGAUUUGAUGGAAAGUAUCGAGUUUAUGUCCAGGACUGUGGCUAAUCAGUUAAUAUCAGCUGCAAAGAUGCUUUUAUUGGAAAAGGUAGAAAAUUUACGAGAAGAAGCCGAGGAUGUACUGGAUGGAGUGGAAAUAUCCAAGUGAUCAAAUAUCAAAAAGUACUGUUUUAAUUAUUUAUUUUUAAUAACGCCAUGUAAUAAAAAAAUAACUAUCUACUUAUCGUUUUUUAUAUAUACACGGCUGUAAACUUAACGCUGGAAGUUUCUUCUUAUUAUUUAUUGCAUUUGCCUUUUUAAAGUCUAGGAAAUAAAAUAAAUUAUGUGAUAAAUCUUUCCAAUUCUUCUUAAAUCCAAAAGUUUCAACUCCUUUUAUAAACAUAUCAACAUCAUCAAAUCUACUUUCAACUUCUGCAAUCUUUAAAAAGCCCCUAUAAAAAUAAAUAUUAAAAUCUAAUACACCAAUUCAAAAGUACUUACCCCACUUUUAACACUCUAUUAGCCUCCAAUAAAUAUUCAUGUAGAUUGGUACCCAUGAGAGACAAACAAAAAACUACCACAUCAACUGAUUGGUUUUGUAAUGGAACAUGUGCCAUAUCACAUGCUGUAACCAACUCAUUGCUUGCCACCAAAUCAAAAGAAUGGACUUUUUGCGUAACAGAUUUUGCUAAUUUGGCAUCACCGCAUCCAAAAUCUGAAAUAACAUAAUUUUUAGGC